ACUGCCAGAAGUUUUAUGCUUAGGCCAAGAAUAUUUCAACGGUGCUCUGUGCAUCCACAGUUCGAUCCAUCGACCAUCAGAUAUGAAGUAAAACGGCGUGCUGAUUAACAUUCAAACGAGUUGCAGCCACAAAGGGGCCACAAAGUUCUUUUAACUAACAUGCAGCCUUUAGAACCGAUCGCAUUUGUUGUCAGAACGCGUAACGCGAUGGUCGUUUGUUUUCGCCUAAACAGUAGAUAAAAAGUGUCUUGGUAGCAGUAGUUCAGAAUUCUAUGCAGAUUUGAGGAGCCAUCCAUAUUGCAUUGCCUUUUUUUUGGUUUUGUUUUUUCGAAGACUAGAAGCCAUGAAUACUAACGCGCUCUACAUUGUGCUACAAAUAGGAUUAUAUUGCAGUGCCAUAUAUAGAGCUGGACUCUCAUACAAACCGGGUAACUGCGACAUAUCGAUAUUCAGUGUGGUCCAGGAUAUGCUGCGCAAUGAAGUGAGAGCUCUCUUGAAUCCACGCUUGCGUUAUUUGGCCAGCCAGCAAAUUCACUAUGACCUAUACACCACAUUGAAUGCCAAUGAACGACAGAUUCUGCGAACUGGAGACACUAAAAGGCUAAGAGGCUCAUAUUUCAAUCCCAAAUGGCCAGUAAGAAUUUCUAUUCAUGGUUGGGCUGGUAAGAGCACAUCUUGUUCCAAUGCCGCCAUCAAGGAUGCUUACUUGGCCCGAGGCAAAUAUAACGUUGUCUUGGUAGAUUGGAGUAAUAUUUCGCACGACAUUAGCUAUCCACGCAUAUCACAACAAUUUUCCGAAAUAGCUGCCCACAUUGCCAAGUUCAUACGAUUCCUGCAAAAGGAGACCGGCCUGGAAUGGAGCAAUAUCUAUUUGAUUGGCCACAGUGCUGGCAGCCAUAUAUCGGGUCUAACAGGCAAACUGCUGAAACCUCAUGAAGUGGGUGCCAUAGUUGCCCUCGACCCGGCUGGAUUGGCACAGCUUGGUUUGCCUGCCGAUUUUCGUUUAGCCCCCAACGAUGCUGCUUAUGUGGAGAGCAUUCAUACGGACACCACACAUUUGGGCAAUCCGAGCACUGAACUCAGCCAUGCAUCGUUCUUUCCCAAUUGGGGUCAAGGCCAGCCACAUUGUCCAAAUGCUACUGCAGCCGAAUUUGAUUUUGCUUGUGAUCACUUUGCGGCCUUGUAUUACUUUGCUGAGUCUGUGCGCCAACCAAAACUGUUUGGAGCUGUAGAAGUCACAACGCCGUCGUGCAUCAAACACCACAACUGCACAUGCCAACACCACCACCACCAACAGCAGCAGUCAGGGACAAACGAAUGUUUGGCAGAUGUUUACAUGGGUGGCGAGCCACUGGUGCCCAAACAUGGAGUCUACUACCUAAGUACGCGGCGCAAUACACCAUUUGGUUUGGAAGACAUUGUGCGAAUACGUACAUCGAAGAGGCCAAAUUUCUUAGAAAGUAGUGUUCUGCCCUAUCAAUUACUUUUAAGAGGGUAAAUAUUUGGCUCCCACUCAACUUCCACAUAAGGAGGAGAAAUUUUUACCAGUGCACCAACACAUUAGAGUAUUUCAUUUUUACUAAGAACUAAGAAAUCUGUAUUUUGGCCUUUAUUGCAUAAGAAAUAUAAUGGAAAUAAUAAAUAAUUGCUAUUUUUUAUUUUAGUCCUAGCCAGUGCAAUUAA